ACAGAGGUGGGCAGGUCCCGUUGACACUUGGCUCCAUCCGAGGGGGGAUAUUUAACUUGGGACUGAGCGCGGCGAGCGCGGCAGACGCGCGGUGGCUGGGAAGCGGAGAGGGUUGGGGGGAGAGAGCGCGCACGCCCGGGAGCGAGCGAGCAGAAGCACCGAGGAGGAGAAGGGGGCGCGGAGCGGCCGGGCCCUCCGCCGGAGAACCGACCCAUCCAUCCAGGGCAGGUAGCCGAGGAGAGGACCUCGCCGGCUUUCCUGCGUUUAAGGCAGGCAGGCGCCCCCGCCGUCGCAUCAGAUUCACCACUAGCUGUGGCGGCGGCGGCGGAUCGAGGCGUUCCUCCGGAGGCGGCCCGAGCUGGCCUUGCAGACUGGGGCGCUCGGAGGCUGCCGCUCUCGCUCGCGGCUCAAAAGCUUCUUCAGGAGAGCACGUUGCAAGGCGGCGGCAAGGCGGAGAGCGCCAAACGCGCGCCCACCCAGCCUACUGAGACUGCUCUUCCCACACCUACGCGGCCACACACUCCCAGGAUCCUGACCCCUCUGGGAUAAGAGAUCGGGCUCUCGACGACUGGGCGGUUUUUUUUUUUUUUUUAGCUUUGCAACUUAUUUGCAAAUUGGGUGGCUUUAAAAAAAACACCCACGAAACAACAGCACCGAAACAAGGCAACGCUUUCCCCCGCUAGCCUUCCGAGCCUCGUGUUCUUACGUUCCUCUCGGCGCCUGGACUCGCCGCCCAUCGGAGCUGCGUCGGGGCGAUUUCCUUUGAGGCUUCUGAGUUGUCCUCCUUUCAGCAAGUCGCUCGUUUGGGCCUUUUCGCCUCUCCCGCUCCCGUUGGGAUUUUAUUGGGUGCCUGCGAUUUGGAGUGGUGCGGAGGAUGACCUCGGAGACAGGUUUGGGGGCCUCUGGACCCUUCUAAUUGGGUGCAGAGAAGGUCUGCCCUCCACCCCUCCAGCAAGAUCCCCGCCCCCUCUACUUGACCCACAGCACCCUCUCUGAGAAGAGACUGCAAAAAUGAAGCAAAGUCCUCCGGGCUCCGUUGGGCCGUUUCCUUGGGGAUCUGUGGCUGUUUGAGGGGACGACAACCGAUUGACUGGACUUCGAAUCCCACCCCUCCGAUUGAAAAGGGGGGGCAAUCGGGAAAAGUGGGAAGCCCCCCGCCAACAGCAGCGGGGGAAAAAAUUGGAUCCAUUUCUUGUGACUCUCCCUCUUUUUCUUAAAAAACAAAAGCAAAACCUCUCCUCCGACUCCAACCCCCACCCCUUUGCUGCAGCCAACUCCCCACCCCCCCUUUUCACAGUUCCCCCAUCUAUAAAAGAGGGUUUUAUUCCUGGGCUCUCCGGUCUCACGCCAAACCCUGUCAUACCGUCUAGACAUGUUGUCGUGGGUCUAAGUCCAGCUGUCACCAUGGGGAUGGAGACGGGUCCGCUGUGAAUUUUUUGGAGAGAGAGAAGGACCGAGGUUACCAAGAGCAAAAAGAAUUUGGUUGCCCUUUGGGAAGGCUUGCUUAGAAGGAGGGGGCUAACGGCUGCUUCCCUCCCCCCCCCAGUUCUUCCCUGCCACCCCCUUUUCUUCCUCACUCCCCCUUCACCAUGCUUGCCUAGUGGCAGGGAGAGAUUGCAGAAGGGGACCUUACAUGCGUCUGUCAUCUAACCCCUCCGCGAUCUAUUUAAAGCGAGAGGCCUUGUUGGACUUUGUCUCUGCCUAUUUAUGAAUCCCUUGGACUUGGCAAGUGGGACUGUGGAGUAUUAACAAUCGGUGAAAGGGGGGAGGUGGGAAAGCGAGUCGAGGUCACUGCCUGGCUGUUCCCUUUGGGGAGACCCAUUGUACAAAGUGCCAGCGGACUGGGGCUGAGCUGGGCUAAGGAGAGCAUGAAGGCCCCCCAAGCUCUCUUGCUCUGCUCUUCCUUGGCAGUGCUGUUCCAGCCGGGCUCUUGUCAGCCCUACCUCCGGCUCAGGCCCUCCCCUAGUGACAAUCUGCCUGUCAAGGACAUCAUUGAGCAUCCAGACCCAGAGUAUGACCCCAAGGAGCAAGACCUGGAUGACCGGACGUUGAGGAAGAAGCUGGGGAGCAACUUUGACCCCAACUUCAUGUCUGUGGUUGCUCUGGCCCAGGUCAACCUCUCCAGUUCUGAUCCGCUGCACAGGUUCAAGGUGCUAGGGCCGUUGCCCAGCGAGCUGAAAAAGUUGGACUUGGGCGAGACGCCCUAUGGGACCAGGCUUAAAAUGGGCAAGAAAGCCCGCAGGAAGUUUCUGCAAUGGCUUUGGGCGUAUACUUAUUGCCCGGUGCUGUACACCUGGAAGGAUUUGGGACUGAGGUUCUGGCCUCGUUACAUCAAGGAAGGGAACUGUUUUGCGGAAAGGUCUUGCUCCUUCCCAGAGGGCAUGUACUGUAAGCCGGUCAAAUCGGUCACCAAGACCUUCUUGAGGUGGUACUGCCAAGGGUGGUCAAGACAAAAAUAUUGCACCUGGAUCCCUGUCCAGUACCCUGUUAUUUCAGAGUGCAAAUGCUCCUGCUAGCCUCAUCCUUUGGAUCCCCUGCUGGAUCUAAGAGACCUUCACCGCUCCUGGCUGUGCGUCUAUGUGUGGAUAUUGUGGAUCAGCUCGAGGGGACUGGCCUUAGGAACAAUCCCAGUCCCAUGAGAUUCGUUGGAGUAGGUACUGUUCUGAAAAUCUCGCACGAGGUCUCGUCCAAAAGGCCUUAGCAUCCUGGGAAUCUCCAACCAGAUUGCUGACGGAUAUGACAGGUGUCGGUAAUCUUGCAACCUUGGCUAGGGAUUUUUAUGAUUGAAUCAAGAACUUGAUGGUCUCCUGGUGAACCUUGCUCUCCUAAGAUAAGGACACGGAAACUUUAACACACGAGACCUUGCUUAUUCAUUUCUUGGUCCUCUUACCCCCCACCCAUCCAGCACCCCCUUGCACUGUAUUUUUUAAUUAUUUUAUUUUAUUUGAUAUGGGAAAAACAAAAUCUGAAAGGAACUGCAGUGCAGGCCUGAGAAAAGCUAAGCACUACAAUAAGAUGUUUAUUUUUAUAUCUAUAUAGCAAUCUAACAAAAGGAAAAUUACCGUCCUUUGUAAAUAUAGAGAUUUAAAAGGGGGGAAACAGAUCAGUUUUGUUAUUUUUAUUAUUGCUGUUGUUGUUGUUGUUGUUGUUAUUAUUAUUAUUAUUAUUAUUAAGAAUAAAAUGGUGAUGUUGCAGGACCACAUGUUGAACCCCAACCCUUUCAAAAUGGAAGACUUUUCUUCAGCAAAAGAGGAGAGAUUUUCCUUAUAAAGAUGGUUUAUGAUAUGCAACCCUUCCCCACACAACCCCCUUAGGAAGAUGUUUAAUUUCUGUUUCCUGUAUUUUUGUGUGUUUGUUAUCUUCUGAACUUGUCACUGAUCCUCAGACUAAUUUUCAAAGUUGUCUAGGUUUUUUUAAAAGAAUAUGUAUAUUGAUUAAGGAGAUUUUUUUAAAAAAAAUGUAUGAAGUUAUGAAAGAGUGAUGGAUUGUUUUGCUUUGGAAUACAUAUAGUUAUGUAGAGAUGUUAAAAGAAAUUUCUUGUGUACAGUUUAUUUAUUCUUUGUUUGUGUAUAGGAGGUGAAAAAAAAGCUAGAGAUUAUGCCAGAAAAUAUUGAAAACGUUUACUUUAAUAUUCCUUUUGCAACAUAUCAGUGUACAUAUCAACCAUGACUGAUCAAAACAUUUUUAGCAAUAAACUCUAUCUUUCAAGAAAUACUUCCACUAUGUACUACAGAUCUCUGAGAAAAAGUCCCAGUGGAUUACACCAUGUAUAAAUCCUGUGUAUCAGACAGAGAUCCCACCUGGUGUGAAAUCCAAAGAAAUCUGUUGAUGUUAACCAAGCUGUGCGAUAUAUUUAGACCUCAGAUAAGUGUUGAUCUCUCAAUUUACCAUCAUUCAAAUGUCACAGCAUCUGUGAAAAGUGGGGCAGCAGCGUUAG